AUGCCAGUUGUACUGAGAUCGAAAGUGAAAUCUGAGACGGACACAAUCGAAGAUGAAGUACCGCGCUCGUCAAGAAAGCCAGUGGGCAGAAGGCAACGUAAGCGAAGAAGAGAAGACAACGAAGAUGCCAGUGACUCAGUGGUAUCAGAUGAGGAGAGUGCCCACUACUCUAGAAGUUUGGGCAAUAGCAGGCCUUUUGAAAUAGUAGCAGACUUACCAUGCAGCUUAGAGAGCGCACAGUAUUCUGCUUUGACUCACCCUUUGUCCGUGAAGGAUUCGGCUGUUCUCUAUGACUCCUUAGUGAGAUCUAGAAAGACUUGGGUUCAUGGCGAAAUGUUUGACUUAUACUUUACGAAGACAGCUAAGCCUCCCAAGGAGUCGACACCAACUAAACCGGAUGGCUCACCAAAGGGAAUGAUAAUGCAAGUGCGCGACAAGAUGCAAAAGAUGUGUGAUUGUAUAAUGUUUGGAGGGCCUCACACAUUUCCAAUACGGCUCUUCAUUCUGAAGAAUGAUGAAAUUGAGCAGAAAUGGCAGGAAGAACAAGAUACGAAGAAGAAGGAGAAAGAGGAGAAAAGGAAGAGGGAGCAGGAUGAAAAAAAGAGAAGAAUAGAACAGAAGAAGCAGCAACAACUUCUUAGAAAGCAGGAAAGGGAGAAAAUGAUACAGCUACAGAAAGAGAAUAAAGCAAAAGCCAAAAUGGAGCAAGAACAUCUGAAAUUGAAAAGAAAAGAAGAGCUGAGGAAGGAAAAAGAAGAAAACAAAAAGGUUAAAAAAAAUAGCAGUGGCUCUAAUAGACAGCCGCACACUUCUUUGCAUCGUGUCAAACAAAAUUCAUCAAAUUCUCAAUCCGUAACAGAUCCAAAGAUGAUAGCAAAUCUAAACUUGAUGGCUCAAAGAGAUCCCAAAUUGAACUCUCUAAUGGCUUCUGUUGCUAAGGGGGAUGCAACGCUUGACCAAGUGGAAGAAUUUAAAAAAUUCAUUGAAAUUGCCAAAAAGUCACCGCCGCCACCAGGCUGGAACCCUCCAUUAUCAACGAAAGGGAGCCAAGGUACCACAGAAAAAGUAUCAGUUAAUAAGACAGUUCAACCAACCGAGCACACGAUGUCUUCCGCACAGCCCAAGAAACUCUUGGUGGAGAAAAGCUCAGAAAAUACUGAGCAAUCGAACGAGAACAUUGCUGCUUCCAAAGAAAAGUUCAAUAAAUCAAACGAAAAGAUCAAAGCUUUCAAUGAAAAGACUGAUGAAUCAAGAGAGAAAAUUAAUGAACCAAAGGCGGCUACUGAUGAACGAAUGGAGACGACUGAUGAAUUGGAGAAGAAAAGCAAAAAAGAUGCUGAUAUAGCAGCAGAGAGACAUCGUGUUGCCUCAGGAAACCGUCGCAGAGUCAAAAAAGAAACUGAAUUAGAUACCAAACCUGUCAGCACUCUCUCACCUGAACUCAACGAAGAGGAUAAAAGUAUGCAACUAACUGCGUUUCAGCAAAAGUAUGUUGAAGGAGCGCAACUGAUUUUGGAGUAUCAAGAAUACACGCAUUCCAGAUAUAUGCUUCCAAAAAAUGCAAUCAUUGAGUAUGUAGAGACUACGGGCGAUUUCAUUAUUUCAUGGAUAAUGGUACACAAUAUUAAAGAGAUAGCGCGAUAUAAGUCUAAGAGACUGAGAGAGCUUUGCAAGGAAUUUAAAACAGAGGAGGAAAUUGCAAGGGUAAAGAGCGAAUUCAACAUUUAUUUACAAAAAAAUUGCCCAAGACCUCUAUAUUCUCCGAUGACAGUCAAAAUUUCAGGUAUCCACAGAAAAUUUGUGCCCAUUGUACUAAACAGCGUAGACUCCUUAGAAAAGACCCAGAAGGAGAUGGAAUCUAUAAUGGACAUUGGUACGCGACUCUCCGGUUACAAUUUAUGGUAUCAACUGGAUGCGUACGAUGACAAAAUGCUCGCUGAGAAUCUGCGGGUCGGAUUGAAUGAACACGAACAAGAAUUGAAGAUUAGAAAACCUAAAAAGUAG